UGAGGCAAGGAAGCACCGAUUAGAGUCUUGGAUAACUCCAUUUCUUAGACCUGUGUCCCCCUCCUUUCUCUGAAGCUGCUGAGAGAUCAGGUGGUCUUCUCUAGGUUUUCAGGGCACUGGCAUUGCCCUCCCUGCCCCCCUCCAGUGCCUGCCCCCUCUUGUUUCCUUGAUGGUAAGGAUGGAGAUGAAUCUAGUCUGUCUAGUCUAAAAUCAGAGUUUGGAAUCGGUGUGCAAGAGGAAAGUUCCCCUGAGUAUAGGUGGCUGGGCCUGGAGCCCAGGAUCACCCUCAGCCUUGGGAGGAUCAGAUCGAUGCUAGGGGUGAGGGGGCCCCCUCACCUGUCUUGUGAGAGGAGGAGGGAGUUUAAAAGGAGCUGGUUCAGGUAAGGAGAGCUGGGGAGCGGUAGAUGAUUACAGAUUGGUGUGAUGGUGCAUUCCUGUAAUCCUAGCACUUGGGAGGCUGAGGCAGAACUACAGGAAGUUUGAGGCCAGGCCUGGGCUAUAUGCUGAGAUCAAGGCCAGUCGGAACCCUGUCUCCGAAAAAGACUUCACAGUCUGGUUCCCAUUCCAUCCGUGUUUAUGCCACCCAGGGCACUGGCUAAGAAGGGCUGAACGUCUUUUCGACAAGGCAGUGGGAACACAAAUGCAAAGUUAAUAUAAUUGCAGUCAUCAGGUGAAAGAGGCACUGUUUUCCCUCCAGGCCUCCGGGGGCAGUGUAGCCGCGUCCUCCUUUCGCUAUCCCGACAGGCCUCGCGCGGGCGCGCGUCUUUAAGCGGGCGGAAGUAGGGCUGCGGGCGGAAGCGGCUCCCACGCCAGUCGCUGCCAUGCCCGGAGAUCACCGCCGCAUCCGCGGGCCAGAGGAGUCACAGCCGCCGCAGCUGUACGCAACUGACGAAGACGAGGCGCCCGCUUCCCGCGACCCGACGCGACUGCGACCCGUGUACGCGCGCGCAGGGCUGCUGAGCCAGGCCAAAGGCUCGGCCUACCUGGAGGCCGGAGGCACCAAGGUGCUGUGUGCCGUAUCGGGCCCGCGCCAGGCCGAGGGCAGCGAGCGCGGCAUUGGCCCUGCGGGAGCGGGUGGCGAGGCUCCCGCCGCGCUGCGCGGCCGCCUGGUGUGCGAGUUCCGCCGCGCGCCCUUCUCGGGCCGCCGUCGCCGCGCUCCCCCUGGCGGCGGCGAGGAGCGCGAGCUGGCGUUGGCAUUGCAAGAGGCGCUGGAGCCGGCCGUGCGCCUGGGUCGCUACCCGCGCGCGCAGCUCGAGGUGUCUGCCCUGCUGCUGGAGGACGGCGGCUCGGCGCUGGCCGCCGCGCUCACGGCCGCUGCCCUCGCCUUGGCCGACGCGGGAGUCGAGAUGUACGACCUGGUAGUGGGCUGCGGCCUGAGCCUCAUGCCGGAGCCCUCGCCCACCUGGCUGCUGGACCCCACGCGGCUCGAGGAGGAGCGCGCCGCCGCUGGCCUCACCGUGGCGCUCAUGCCCGUGCUCAAUCAGGUCGCCGGGCUUCUGGGCAGCGGCGAGGGCAGCCAGACUGAGAGCUGGGCAGAGGCCGUGCGCCUGGGCCUUGAAGGCUGCCAGCGCCUUUACCCAGUGUUGCAGCAGUGCCUGGUGCGCGCAGCCCGUCGGAGGGGUGCUGCCGCUCCACCCUGAGGCCGAAGGCUGAGCAACGAUUUAUACCGAGGACCGGGCUGCCUCUGCCCUAGAAGGACCUGCGUGGCCGACCUCUUGACGACGGCGAGCCCAGAAGUUGGAGCACAGGAGGGGAUGUGGAGAAAUGGACACAACGGACAGCGUUGGACAGCUGCCUAGAUAUGGCUUUUUACAAACUAUACCCUAUUAAAGGACCUUUGCUACUUGAGCUGGCCUCCAGUCACGACCCAUUUGAGGAAACCCGUGAAAGCAGCCUGACUCCCACGUUGGAAAGGACUUCUGUUGGACUCACUUGGAAAAUGCGAUCUGGAGCUGUUGUCUUGUAAAGGGUGGCCCACUGACUCAGGAAAACUGGGCUAUUUUCGAGAGGAUGGGAGAGGGAUUGGUACCUUCUUAAUAUCUGAGCUAAAACAAAAACCUUAUAUCUGAAAAA